AUGACGUCCGCGGAAGACCCGGAAGGAUGGGCGAACACCGGCCGGCGAUCCGCGCGCGGACGCGCGAUCCGAUCCGCCGCGAAGCUCGGAGACGACGACGACGCGGACGACUCCCCCGGCGCGGGCAAGGAGAACGACGACGACGGCGGCGCGCGUCGCAGCGGCCGCGCGAGGAAAUCGACGCGCGCGGCGGCGGCGGCGCCGGCGGCGGCGGCGGCGGAGGAGGAGGAGGAGGAGGAGGAGGAGGAGGAUCUCACGUUCGUGCGACGGUCCUCGCGCGCGGCGAAGCCGGUCGCGAGGCUGUCCCCGGAGUGGACGAGGGGCGGCUCGGACGACGACGACGACGGCGCGAAGGACGAGGACGAGCCGGACACGGACGCGGACGAGUACGUCGAGGAGGAGGAGGACGACGACACGGACGAGGACCUGGAGGACGAGGACGACGAGGACGACGACGAGGUGUUCCCGACGCGGUACUCGCGAAGGGAACGGACGACGAUCGAGCGGUAUUCCCCGAAGCGACUGGGCGGCGGUUUGGACCACUCAAGGCGCCGCUCGCCGUCGCUCAGGCGGACGCGUCGCGGCGGUAAUGGCGGCGGGAGCAACGGUCGUCGCGGCGGUAAUGGCGGCGGGAGCAACGGUCGUCGCGGCGGCGGAUCAGGCGGCGAUCGUUCGCGCCGAUCCCGCCGCGACGACUUCGACGACUCCCCGCCGCGUCGGUCCAACACGCACAAGUGGAUGGACGACACGGACGAAGACGACAGCGACGGCGGCGUCGGCAUCCCCGGCGGGUUCACGUCCCUCGCGGGCGGCAUCUUCGGCGGCGGGAAGGCACCGGAUCCGUCGUACCCGCUCGCAGCCGGCGGCGGCGCGAUGACCGGCGGCGGCGCGGGGGGAGAAAAAGAAGCCGCCGGCGCGGAGAUAACGCCGCUCACCGUGGACCCGUCGCUGACGUUCGACGCCGUCGGGGGCUUAUCCCACUACGUCCACUCCCUGAAAGAGAUGGUGUUCCUGCCGCUGUUGUACCCGGAGGUGUUCGCGCGGUUCAAGAUGUCGCCGCCGCGCGGCGUGCUCUUAUACGGCGCCCCGGGGACGGGAAAGACGCUCCUCGCGCGCGCGCUCGCGGCGUCGUGCUCGCGCGCGGGCGCGGAGGUGGCCUUCUUCAUGCGCAAGGGCGCGGACGUGCUCUCGAAGUGGGUCGGCGAGUCCGAGCGGCAGCUCCGGAUGCUGUUCGCGGAGGCGCAGAAGCGACAGCCGGCGAUCAUCUUUUUCGACGAGAUCGACGGCCUCGCGCCCGUGCGUUCGUCAAAGACGGAUCAGAUUCACAACUCCAUCGUCGCGACGCUGCUCGCGCUCAUGGACGGCCUCGACUCCAGAGGGCGGGUCGUCGUGCUGGGCGCGACGAACCGCGUGGACGCGAUCGACGGCGCGCUGCGACGCCCCGGGCGCUUCGACCGCGAGCUCGCCUUUCCGCUUCCGAACGCGUCGGCGCGCUGCGACAUUUUGAAGAUUCACACGCGCGCGUGGGAGAAACCGCCCCCGGCGCAACUCCUCGAACAGCUCGCGAAUCGCUGCGUCGGGUACUGCGGCGCGGAUCUCAAAGCGCUGUGCACGGAGGCUGCCGUGCACGCGCUCAGGAGGCGAUACCCGCAGAUUUACGAGAGCGACGAUAAGCUCGUCAUCGACCCCGGGCAAGUCGUCCCGUCGCGGGUUGAUUUUCGAUACGCCAUGGAGGCCAUCACGCCGGCGUCGCACCGCGCCGCGCAAGCGCACGCGCGCCCGCUCGGCCCGCUGCGAUCGCCGCUUCUCGGACCGGCGCUGCGAGAGGCGGUCGAUCACGCGCGGCGGGCGUUCCCGCCCGCGGCGAUGGCGGCGGCGGCGCACAUGGAGGGCGCGGACGCGGGCGGACCGGGAGGGCCCAUCGUCGGCGCGCGCCCGGGGCAGGUUUUCGACCUCGACGACCUGGACGACGACGACGACGACGCGGAGCUUCUCGAGGAGCUCAACGGCGGCGGCGGCGCGAUGACGACGACGAAUGCGGAGAAGACGAAGACGAAGACUGACGUCGACGGCGUCGUUUCCGCGGCGUCCGAGGCGGCGGCGUCGGCGACGGCGGCGCUCGAGUUCAUCAACUGCCCGCUCGCGCGCCAGCCGCGGAUGCUCCUGUGCGGCCCGCCCGGGUGCGGGCAAGUCCCCCUCGGCGCGGCGCUGCUCCACGAGCUCGAGGCGUUCCCGGUACACGCGGUCGGUCUCCCGUCGCUCCUCGCCGACGGCGGCCGCUCGCAAGAGGAGGCGCUCGUCGGCGCCGUCGUCGAGGCGAGACGCGCCGCGCCCGCGGUGCUCUUCCUUCCGCACCUGCGACUGUGGUGGGACAGCGCGUCGCCGACGCUGCGCGCGACGCUUCGGACGCUCAUGGAGGACGUCCCCUCCGACCUCCCGCUGCUGUUGCUCGCGACGUGCGACUGCGCGUGGGACGAGCUCGACGCGGAAGCCGCGGGGUUAUUCUCCGCGGAUCAACGCGUCGAUUUGUCGCCGCCGAGCGACGACGCGAAGCGCGCGUACUUCACGCCGAUCGCGACCGCGGCGCUGAAGGGCGCGCGCGCGUCGGACGCGCGCGCGACGGGCGCGGAGAACGGGAAGAAGAAGAAGAAGGCGAAGAGGGCGCCGGAGGUGCUCCAGAAGGCUCCCCCCGCGGGCGCCGUCUCCGAGGGCGGCGGCGACGGCUCCGGCGGCGUCGGCGGCGGCGUCGGCGAGGACGGCGACAAGGCCACCGCGGCGAUGAUCGCGGAGGAGGACCACGCGCUGCGACAGCAACGCAUGUUCCUGAGAGACCUCGUCACGAGGCUGCUGUACAAGAAGCAGUGGGCGGAUUUCAGCGUCCCGGCGUCCGAGGAGGACCUCCCGGGGUUUUCGAAACAAGUCAAAGAUCCGAUGGACCUCUCCACGCUCUUAUACCGCGUCGACAGCGGCGCGUACCUCACCGUGGACGCGUUCCUGAAGGACGUCCACCUGAUCGUCUCCGGGCAGAAGAUCUACUGGGGCUUGGGCGCGGACGCGAACGAAGAGGAGAGCGGCGGCGGCGUCGACUUGGAAGGUCGGAGGUUCGUGUCCAGAGCGCACGCGCUGGAGGAUACGGUGCAAGAGCUCGUCGGGCAGCUCGACCCGAGCCUCGUGCAGAGGUGCGCGACGAUCGCGAGGCAUCGCGCGACGCGCGCGGGCGCGAGUGGGAGCGCACUGCCGGUCAUGCCCGGGGAGGCGGACCGCGGCGAGCGACGGAGCCGACGAGGAGGGUUCGGCGAGGGCGCUCACGGCGGCGGCGGCGGCGUCGGCGGCGGCGAGGGCGGCGGCGGCGGCGGCGGCGGCGUCGGCGGCGGCGAGGGCGGCGAGGGCGGCGCGGCCGGGGACAAGCGCUCGCGCGAGGUCUUCAGCAUGCCCGGGUACGUCCCCGACCCGGAGGCGCUCGCGAGGGAGCUCAGGGCGAAGCGGCAGAGGGAGGAAGUCGCCGCGAAGGAGGCGGCGGCGCUCGCGGAGGCGGAGGCUGAGGCGGCGAGGCGAGCGGAAGCCGCCGUCGCGGAGGCGGCGUUGAAAGCCGCGGAGGAGGCGGCGGACGCGGCGAAGACGACCGCGGACGCGGCGCAGGCCGUGGCCGACGCGGCGAACGCCAAUGCUGACAUGGACGCUGACAUGGCGACUGAGAACCAAUCAGGCGACGUCGCGACGCCGAUGGCGAUGUCCGACGCCGAGCUCGACACGGCGUGCGCGGCGGUCGCGUCCAAGUUACUCGCGAAGACGUCCAACUUCGCCGCCGCGGAGGUGGAGGCGACCGCGACCGGGCUCGGGCAGGCGGUGAACGCCGCCGCGGCGACGGCGCGGCGAGGAGACGCGCUGCGCGCCACCUUGGACGCGAUGAAGACGUUCGCAGAGUCCGCGUCGAACUGA